GCACCGAAGAGCAGAAGACGUAGCAGAGCACAAGUGAAGUCGUACAAAUAUUUUGAAAAAUGAUUCGGUGCGUGCUUUCCUGUCUUUGGAUUUUGGCGUUCGUCCCGCUAUCAUGUUCAAUAAGCCAUGGACAAAGAAGAGUAUUUUGUCUUCUCCAUGGAAAGAGAAAUUCUUAAACGCAAACAACUUCAUAAAUGAGCGAAGAAAGAGAGCUAUAGCUCGAAGAUCAUGCGAGAAACUGGUCGAUCUAGGUGUCAUUAUUGAUGGUUCAUCCAGCAUCGGAGAAUCUAACUUCAGAGCGUUCAAAUCAUUUACGGCCGAAUUUUUCGGUAACUUUGUCAUCAAUCCGGAUAAAACUCGCAUUUCUGUGAUAAAAUCGUCGACGUCACCUUUCAUGGAAAUUCCCUUCCAUCGGUCGUUUGACGAUCAUUUAGAACUUGAAAGAACCGUGAGAGGCAUUGACUAUAGAGGUGGCAGCAGCUACUUGGGUGCCGCACUGAGCAAAGCACGCGAUGAAAUGUUUCAAGCGAGCAAUGGAGCACGAACGUCUCUCGGUGCAAAGAAAGUGUUGCUAGUAAUAACUGACGGACUUAGCAUCGACAGCGUCAUUCAACCAGCUCAAAAUCUAAGAAAUGACGGUGUCGUUAUUCACGUAAUAGGAGUAGGCUCUUCACUCUCUACGCGUAAAAUUCAUUGGAUGGCGUCACUUCCAAAAAAUGAUCACAUGUACUUGCUCAAUAAUUCUGUCGAAGCGCUUCUCUCAAAAGCACAAGAAAUUGCCACCAAAGCUUGUAACGCAAACUCCUACUAUCUCACUUGCGGACAAAAUAAUAUGACGCUGACGUUCUCUUUAACACUUGUCCAAACCUUGGACCUUGACAAUAUGGUGCUCAAUGACGGUAUCUGCAAGGCCAGCUACAACGCAACCCACGUGUUUGUCACAGCACCACUAUCAGGAUGCGGAACUCUCUUCACACAAACAACACAAGAAAUGUUUUUUACCAACAACCUGUCUGUACCACUGAGACCUAGCCGUGGUAGCGUCAUAACCAGGUCGCAAAAGCUUAAUUUCACCUUCACUUGUACCUACGAUCGUCUUAUCAGUGUCAGCGGUGUGAAAUUUCAGCCUCCAAGUCCUGUCGUGGUGAUCAAUGAAGGUGCCAGUGGGGAUUUUGUGCUUGAGCUUGGUUCUUUUUCCAACAAUGAUUUCUCAUCUUCAAGCUCUGACCAGUAUCCAGUAUUCAAAAGCAUUCGCGAUCGUAUUUAUAUACAGUACAGCAUCGACACGGCAAACUCCAACAUUGUUGUACGUGCAGAAUCAUGUCAUGCUACACCGACCAACAAAGCGUACAAUCAACCUCAGUAUCAGAUCAUUAAGGACAGUUGUGACAAGGACUCAACAAUAACCCAUCACACAAGUGGCCUAAGGAAACUCCAUCAAUUCAGUAUGCAAGUUUUCCGCUUCCUUACAAACCACACAUUGGUCUACAUUCAUUGUGACAUACGAUUGUGUGAUAAGAAUGAUCCCAAUUCCGUUUGCGCGCGCAAUGCGCCGUGCACAGAUCUUCCGAGGAAACGUCGCAACGUUGAACAAAAUGUAGACAUCAACCGUUCCUUUCCUGUAUCCGUUGGACCAUUUACAUUGCAAAAAGAGCCGACAGUUUCCCCUAAUGCCGUCUCCAAUAACGGAUGCAAAGGCAACGACGACGAUAACAAGAUGAUAAUUUUCAUCUUGGUUGGUGUUAUUGUAAUGGUUAUCGUACUGGCAACAAUCAUCUUCCUUUUCCUUUACUUAAGUAGACGCACAAAGAGAUCUCCUGAUAACGCCACCAAGCCCGCGCCUCACGUUCCAUCUUAUGGUAAUGACGGCUUGGAAAACAACUGAUGUAAUGAUUGCUUAAUAUUUGCGAUACUGUGUAUAUGCUCAACGUAAUAACCUCUUAAUAACCUCUUAUAACCAUAAAUGCUCAACGUAAUUCACUUUUCAACUUAAUAAUCUCACUAACUUUAUCCUUUUCAUCAUUGAAAUGUUAUAACGAACAGAACAAAAUGCCUUUCAACAUUUAACGAUUGAUUCAUUUCAUAAUUCUUCAGACAUUUGCCAAGACAAAGCGUAGUCAUAAGACUUUGCUUGUAAACACAGCAAAUCCACGCUCAUAGAAAUAUAUAUUGCUUCUUUGACGCCAUUUUUAAAUGUCCGAUGCAUCAAACUGCAAAAAUGCGCAUUUUAAACAAACUGAAAUUUCGAUUUUUUAAGAUUUUCUACUGUAAAUAUUAUUAUUUCUUUCUGAAUAUUGCAACCUAAUAUUUCCUGGA